CGCAGCUCGCGCCUGCAGAAUUGCGGAUCCGCGUUCUGAGAGGGCUUGGGGCUGUUGCCUUUGAAUGACCAGGAAGGUUUUCCUAGCAGGUUGAUUUCGAGUCAACAUGUCUGCUUCAAUGAAAGAAUGUCUUCAGCUUCAGCUGCUGGAGAUGGAAAUGCUGUUUUCUAUGUUUCCUAACCAAGGAGAAGUAAAACUUGAAGAUGUGAAUGUUCUGACGAAUAUAAAGAGAUACUUGGAAGGGACCAGAGAGGCGCUGCCACCAAAAAUCGAAUUUGUGAUUACACUCCAGAUCGAGGAGCCCAAGGUGCAAAUUGAUUUGCAAGUAACCAUGCCUCACAGCUACCCCUACGCAGCACUGCAGCUGUUUGGACGAUCAUCUGAACUUGACAGACAACAGCAGCUGCUUCUCAACAAAGGUCUCACUUCUUACCUAGGGACUUUUGAUCCAGGUGAGCUCUGCGUCUGCGCAGCCAUCCAGUGGUUACAGGAUAACAGUGCCUCCUAUUUCCUGAACAGAAAGCUCGUGUACGAACCAUCUACGCAAGCCAAGCCAGUCAAGAACACAUUCCUCCGGAUGUGGAUCUACAGUCACCACAUAUACCAGCAGGACCUAAGGAAAAAGAUUCUGGAAGUUGGGAAAAGGUUAGAGGUGACAGGAUUUUGCAUGACAGGAAAGCCUGGCAUCAUCUGUGUGGAGGGCUUCAAAGAUCACUGUGAGGAGUUCUGGCACACAAUCAGGUACCCCAACUGGAAACACAUCUCCUGCAAGCACACUGAGAGCACGGAAACCGAGGGAAGUGGGGAGGACCUGCGCCUCUUCCAUUCUUUUGAGGAAUUACUCCUGGAGGCCCAUGGUGACUACGGAUUAAGGAAUGACUAUCACAUGAAUCUCGGCCAGUUCUUAGAGUUUCUCAAAAAACACAAAAGUGAGCAUGUUUUCCAGAUAUUAUUUGGUAUUGAAAGCAAAAGUUCUGACUCCUAGGAAGCUAUGAUAUGAGGCCUACACUUGUCAUUUCGCUAAGUUAGUGCAUCUGUCAAUAAGACCAAAGUAGAAGUACCAGUGGCCAAUUAGCUUCCUCUGUGGGAAACCCAUCUCCAGAAUUUCUCCCGGGUAAUGAAACACCACAGGCCUUUUAACUUUACAACAGUGUAACUGUGACAUUACUGCUAUGUUCUUGUGUUAAUUGAAAACUAUUUAAUUGUAAAAUAAUAAAAGACAGU